GACGGCUUCGCCCCUGCGUCUCGAACUCUCGCUCUUCUCCAAAGUAUUUACCGUGCCUUCUCUGCCUCCAAAUUGGUCCGCGAGGUGUUCGAUCCGAUUUCUCAAAGAGUUCGAAGCCUCGAUUCGCCUUCGAUUCCCGAUCCCCGAGCAGAAUUCUCUGAUUUCGUGGCGUCGCAGGCCUCUGUCGCCGGCGAAUUGCCCACCCUUUCUCCGAUCAAGACGGUGGCCACUGGCGACGGUGGCGGCGGCGAGGAAGGGUGCAUCACGCCAAAGUCGGAGGAGUACAACCUCAAGCCUCACGCGGUGUGCCCGCCGGCCCCGAGGAAGCCAAAGGUCGCGAGGAGGACUUCGCCGUCGGCGAUGUCGGCGACCGACUCCAAGAAAUUCUGCGCCGUUCCCCGAGACCUGACCUCGGUCUUUCUGUCUCUCCCUUCCAAGAAGAGGAUCCGUACGUGUAGCUCGAUCUGAUGAAAGAAGCCCCUUUCUGCUCGAUUUGAACCCCUAAUUUUCAUGCGCGGAACUGGAUUGGAUUCCCAAAUUUUCGCCUUGUUCUUCUCCAAGGAUGAACUUUUGCACAAAAUUGCAUGAAAUCUAACAACAUCAGGGACAAAAUUCUCUGCAUUUUGUGAAUUGCUUCGAUCUCGCCUUAGGGUUAAACACCAGAAUGCAGCCACUGAAUUAAUCUUUGCUACUGUUAUAUUCCUUGUCGGAUCAUUCCAUAUGGUGGAUCCUGAGUCCGCCCUUCAAUUUUCACUUGGAUCAAAGACAGCAACAUUUAUGAGAAGAAUUCUGCAGACAACUGACAUGAACUGAAUGGCACACAAUGCAGUUCCAUGGCUUACAAGGAAUAAUAUACCAGUCUAUAAGAUCAUCAACCUGUCCACCAUGUAAUCGAUAGAAACUUAUGGAAGGAUAGAGCUUGUGGAUGCCACCAUAUUUUGUAAGGAAAAGCUGGCUGUGUUCAUGAAUUAUGGUAUCCAGUCUUGUGGGUUUUACUGCAAAGGAACUGCUGUCAGGCAAAGAGAAGAAUCUUCAAGAAACAUGGCAGGUACUUGUUAUUUUGUUUUCUUUGUUUAUUGAUUUUCUGCUGUUUCUCUCCUAAUCAUAAUCAUGCGGGGAAGGUGACAAAUUAAGGUAGUAAAGCAUGAGAGUUCUUCUUGCCCAAUAUCUUUUUGAUAAGAUUGUUAUCAAGUGUUAAUUAGAUCCUCCUUAUGUUUCUUAUUUAGUAAUAAACAAGUUUUGAUCAUCCUCCUCUUCUUAUGUUUCUUUCUCUUUUUUUUCAUGAGAAACUAUUUUCCUUACCUUGCGUCCUUUUCAAAUAAUGUACCCUAUUAAUGAAGUAUUCACUUUGUUGAACUUUAUUAAAGUAGGAUUUGAUGCUUCUUUGUGAAAUAUUAACUUUAUGAACCACAAGAAUAGCAUACAAUAUCAAUGUUUGCAUUUAUUCAUUAUGGCUAUGACAUGUUCUAAAAAUAUUACAAACUCAAUAUUAUAUCAACAACUAGGAAGUUGGUGUGUGGUUAAUCUUGCAAUUUCACCUUUAUAUACUCAUUUCAUGUUUGUGUCCCACAAGAUGUCUUUUUGAGAUAGUUUAGUGGUUAGUACAUUAGGUGUUGUCAUCAUGAGAUUUGGGGUUCGAAUCUCGAUAAAGUCGAGGUAAAUACGUUCCUUAUGUACUAGUCAUUAUUCCAAAGCUUAAUAGUCAUUCGUGAUUUAUCUUCUCCGUAUUGACCUUGGACAAAACUUUGGCAUGACAAUACUACAAUAAUUAAAAGAUCGAAUCUUGAUAAAAUAAAAAAAAUAUUUUCUUUAAUUACAAUUUUUCAAUUUACCUUUUCUGAUCAUAACACUAAUAUUAUGAGGCCGAUGACAGACGCUACCUCUUCUACAGUAGAUGUGUCCCACAAGCAAAAGAAUUCAAUAUGUAUUAAUUUCAUAUAUAUGAUUUUGGUGGUGGAGAUUCUUCAAAUUUAAAAAUGUCAACAUCUUUAUCAUAAAGGUUGAAGAAAGAUUAAGAGAUAGAAUUUGAAAACGACAUAAUAUUUUAUAUAUAAAUGCAACGGCUGAACCAUAAAUUAUAAUUACCUAAGAUUUUCUUCUGAGUUGGGAAUUUUGAUGGAGCAUCAUUUGGUCUAUUUUUUAAUCGGAGAAUGAUUUACAAUGUACUUAAUUUGGAUCUGAAUCAUAAUUCUGAACGUAAUUAAUUAUAAUCUUUUUGUUAUUCAUCUUUUCUUUCAUAUUAUGAUUUAAAUCACGAUGGGCUCGUCGAUGAUGGAUGAAUGGCUCGACUGUCAGAUGUCGAGUAGAGUAAUUUUCGGACGAUUUUUGAUCGUUCAUCUAAUUCAAAUUAUAAUUUGAAUGAGAAGAUGAAUCUAAAAAGAAAUUAUAAUUAAUUAUGAUUAAAUUAUGAUCACGAUCUAAUAUAAUUACAUUAUGGAUUCUCUCCGAAUUAAAAAAAUAAUAAUAAAUUAAAGAAUCUGAUUUCCUUUAGUUGGGACCCGAAAUAAAUCCCAGAUAAGCAUAUAGCUGGCUCCGCCCUCCUAUAAAUGGAUGACAAAAUUUGACUCAUUUGUAAAUACAUUAUUUUUGUAAUGUUAUUAAUUUUACCGCACUUAACUUUUUUUUAAUGUAUAUUCUCUCUUGCUAAAAUUGUUAGUUAUUUGCUUUGAUAUCUAUUUAUUGGUUUAAUAAAUAAAUAUGAAAAUUAUUCUUUUGCAUAAUAAUUCAUGGAUAAACUUGAAUAUUUUUUGUCUGUUUUUUUAUAAAAUAUUACCUAAAAUUCUAUUCAUGUUUAAAUGCCGUCGAUAUUUAUAGAUAAUUAUCUCCAUUAAUAAACAAACAAUUUAAUUGAUAAUUAUAAAAGGCAAAAUAGGUAUGUCAUACUUAUAUUGGAAAUAUUAGUUGUGAAAUUAAAAUAUUGAGAGUAUUUUGACAUUUAACAAAAUAUUAUCAAAUAUUUUUAAAAAUUUUGUAAAAUUUUCAGGUUAUUUCGAUUAUGUUUAUUGAAAAUAAUUGUUUUUUUUAAAAAAAAUUGUGUUAUAUGUGGAUGUUUAAAAAAAUGCUCAUUAGUUAGGUAGAUGUCAUGCGGGAAACUCGUUUCACUGGGAGGAAUCGUCAUGGAAACGAGUUGGCCCCUUUCCCUCUUCCUUAUCUAUUGUACUAUAAGUCGCCGUUCUCUCUCCUUUCUUCUUCCUUUCUUCUGCCCCUUUCUCUCUCGCCGAUCACCAUUAGGAUCAUCCAUCCCAACGAAGCGCUGGAUCGCCGCCGUUACUUCAGCUCAGUCUUCCGUCUGCCUCCGUUCGACGGCAGGUAACGGGAUUCGCGAUCAAAGGGGCGCCUCGGAGAGGAUUCAACGAGGGGGAAACAGUGAGAAGAGGAAUAGGAGCCGAGGGACGUGAAAAGAUGUCGCCGUUGGUUUUUCCUACCGUUAACUUGAAGGAUCGCGUGAGUAGCUUGCCGGUUUACUUCCACGGCGGGGAGGCGGAACCGGUGGUAGCGAUGAGGAAGCAGGGUGAGUUCGGAUUAGAUGAGGAGGCGGCGGCGGGGGAGGGGGAGGAGGAGGAGGAGGAGGAAGCGAGCUCCUCCAUCGGCUCCGCUUCCUCUUCCUCAUCCGGUUCAGCGCAAGGCGAGGAGGAGGAGGUGGAGAGCAAGCGAAAAGCUGGGACUUUGGGAUCCUUGGAUUCGCUGGAAGAUGCGCUUCCCGUUAAGCGAGGUUUAUCCAAUUUCUUCACAGGGAAGUCCAAGUCCUUCGCCAGCCUCGUCGACGUCGCUGGCGCCUGCGCUAACGACGUCGCCAAGCCGGAGAACCCCUUAAACAAGCGCCGUCGUGUGCUGAUGAUGAGCAAGAUGCGGCGGGCGUCGUACACCUCGUUCCUCUGCCCGGCAUUGCCGCCGCUCCUGUCGCUCGCCCACGCCGUGGAGGAGGCCGACGAGGAGGGGGAGGAAGAGGAAGAGGAGGAGCAUAAAGGAGGCGUCUUGGGGCCAUUUCCUCUCCUUGCCGGCGGCGGGCUCGUCGGAAAGCGGCCAUUUCGAUCACCGAGGUCCUUCUCCCUCUCCGAUCUGCAACGCCAUGCUUAGUGUCUUCGUUGAUCCGAAGAUUGAUCAAAAGAAACAAAAGGAAACAAAAUAUGUUCAAGUACAUGUUUAUUUGAAAUAAAAGUACUUCAAAUUCUCGUCAA